UUCGCAAAAUUCGUAAAUUUUGCAAAAAUUUUGAAAAUAUAACAUCGAUUUUGUAAAUAUUCGUAAUCAACGAGCUCAAAAACUCCCAGGAAAUAAUUUUUUAGCGAGUCCGAUUAAUUUUUAAUUUUUUCAUGCGCCAUAUUAGAUCCACCAUUUUCAAUUUUCAAAAUUUUUCAAUUCUGAUAUUAUAUUCGUAAUUUGCGACCCUUAAAACCCCUAGUUAGUGAUUGUCAAGCAAAUAUGAUGGAUUUUUAUAUUUUUUUCAGCCUUACCAAAAGGUGGUUAAUAUAUUGACCACUGUGACUGAAAGGGUUAAUAAAAAAUUACACAAAAACCACAGUUCUGACAAUGAAAUUAAUUCAAAAAAUAAAAACGAAGUGACUUCUGAAAACGACAGUACUCAAAAGGACAGUAAUAAGAAAGACAGUAAAAUAAAUAACAACGACAGUAUUGAUAAUAAAAAUUUAACGAAUAAUAAUGAUAAAGGGGCAGCUGGCCCUAUUCAAAGCACAAAACGACAGUUCAAUAGUGACGAAAAUUCCGAUCCAAGCAACGGCAAAAUGGAGAGACGAAUAAAUGUUUUGGAUUCGAGAAUGGGUCAACUAGAACACAUGAUGGAUUUAACCCUUAAUAUGACAACGAAAAUGCAUGAAACCAUGCAAACAUGGCUUGACCGUUGUAAACCGGAAAAUAAGGCGGAAGCAAAUCAAGCACAAGCAGCAACCAAGAACCAUCCUGGUUCAAAAACGACUGCUAUGGCCUCCGUACAAUUCGCAAAUUCGGGUCAACGACAGUGGGUAAACGAACGAUGUUACGAGUGUGACGAUUAUGGCCAUAUGAAGAACGAAUGUCCCUUGAAAGGUCAAGGUUUACGAAAAUGCUACGAGUGUCAAAAAUUCACAACUCAUAAAGCUUAUGAGUGUGAAAAACGACUGGCUAGAAACAGAGGCAGAGGCAGAGGAAUCGCAUAUAGCGAUUAGCCAUGAGCCUUCUGACUGACAAUGGAAGACUGGAUUCUAAUUGAUCUCAAUGACAGUGCCAUAAAAGAUGAUUCCAAAGACUGUUUUGAUGGAAAAUAAUCAGUAUUUAACCAGAAAAAGUGAUUUUACGAAAUACUUCGUUUCUAAUUACAGUAUUUUUGUAUUGUUCGAUUUAUAUUUUUAUAUCAAGUUAACUUUAAUUAUUUUAAGUACUUUAAUAAUAUUUUAUAAUACAACGAGUCAAUCUCGGGAGGGAGUGUUGGAUUUGUAUCCUUCGCGGUAUAUGCUCUAUUGACUCUAGCGGUUACGAGUCUACGUCAUGUCCGUAUGCGCACGCACUCCCUCACACUCUUGCUCAGUAGCUUCGAUCGUGUGUUCAUUCAUCGAUAGUCUCUCUUAAUAAACGACCGUUUCUGUGAA